AGCGAGUAAGCGAGUGAUAAAAAUUGUAGAAAUUUCACGGACUUUGUAAUAUAUUAAUUACACCUAAGAUAUGCCCACUAUGAACUGAAAUGAGUCCCUUUGCUAGUACGAAAUGAAUGUGAUACUGAAUUAUCUUUAAAUAUGGAACUGUCCGGCUCGGGGAAAUCCCCAAACGCCUCGUUGUCCUUUAGAUACAAUGCUAACAAUGAGGAACUGGAAGAGUUGUACCACAUGUGUGAUGAUGAUCCCCCUACACCCCAAAAUGACCCUCCCAGUAGUCAGAACGAAACCGCGAGUCCGAAGAAAGCAGAUAAAAGCUCAUCUAUACUAGACAAAUAUUUCAAAUCAAUGAGAACAGAAAAACCGCCAGAUAAAGAAACUGAUGAUCCAAAAUCUGAGCCCAAACCUGUAGAUGACACUAAACCAGCUGUUCCUCCCAAAGAAGUAACAUCAUCUCCUAUGAAAGAGUAUUUAAACCGUUUAGGAAAGCGGACUACUACUUCAGAAGGCUCCAUUGAUGCUAAAGAAAGCUCCAAUGAAACUUGGAAGAUCUUCCAUGACUUUAAGUUCAAAAUAGCACAAGCUGUUGAGGAUAUUAAAACUCGUUCUGUAGAAGAAACAAAAGAAAAAUCAGUGCCAAGAGAGAAUUCUACAUCAGAUUCAGAAGAAAACUCUGCCAUCAAAGACUCUGAUCAACAAAGUGUUGGAGAUACUGACAACCAGGUAUCAUCUCUUCACAGUAGCAUUCAGAAUCUUUCUGAAAUCACGCAGCCGGUCACGGCCAAGCCUACCGACCUCGAGUCGAGUCUUCCUUUAGAAAAAAAUAAUUCGGAAUCCAGUGAUGAUACACAUAAGAAUUUAGCCAGUGAAUCAGAAAACGGUACGGGAGAUUUACUAGAUGACAGCAGUAUGUUAGAAGUGGAGUCUGGCGUCGAAGCCCUGGAGGACACCAACAUCGACGCGCUCGGAGACGUCAACCUGUACAAAGACUCUGAGGACAAGAACCCUCCCGUCCUGAACAUCCUCCCCUGUACCGUACAGAGGUCAAUCACCCCCACAAAUUUCGGAUCCCCACUAAGCAAAAAUAGUAUACCAACAGAAACUCCUAGGCACUACUUCUUUAAUUUCACAAUGUAUAUUCUUACUUUUUUACUAAUUGUUAACUACCUCCUAUUCCCUAACUCCCACGCCUGGAAUGGGUUCCUGCUCGGCGUAUGGACGGUUACAUUUGGAAGCAAUUUGAAGCAGUGGGUUUUAGCCACUUAUUUUAGUACUGACAAGGAGCCUAGAACUAGCUUUUUUCAGUUUAAGCGCAGCAGUGCUGUACCGUACACGUACAGUGUUCCUAAUGUUAAAGAGCAUAGACCAAUGAAGAAACAUGAGGGAUGGAUAAACCAUUAUAGGUUUCAUGAAUAUGAUGCUUACACGUAUCACAUCAACAAAACAACAACCGCAUUUAUGAAAUUAGAAGGCUGCAAUUUAAGGAUAUCUUACACAAAGACAAAAAUAGCGAAGAGAGCGCUUUGGGAUGAAAAAAUAGACAAAGUAGUUUUCUACCAGCAUAGAUUGUAUAAUUUAACAGGAGCCAAAGUAUUCCUGCUGCCAAAUGGACUUGUCAGUAAAAGACAAUGGAGCAAAAAAUAUCCCAUAUGUAUCACAUUAAAUGAAAAUGAGACAAUACAAGUACUUGAGAAAGAAAAUCUGCCCGAGAAAAAACCUGGUGAAGCAUCAGAGAGUAAAAAGAAGGAACAAGAGUCAGAGACCACCGAAUCUAACACCAGCCCGGAAAAGAAGAAGAGAUUUGUAUGGAGAAAGAAAGAAAAAAGCCUUUCACAAGAUGCAGAGACGCCUGGGAGAGAAGGUCUGCGUCAUCGGCUCGUCAGAAAAAUGCAUAGAGAAAAAAAACCGGAUAACGUGUCCACCGCCACAGAACCAGACAGCCAAACGGAAAAAACUUUACAAGAAGAAUUGAACGAGGAUGAGCUGACCAGUGCGCCCGCCAACGGCAAAGACGAAGUCCUCGACGACGAUCUGGACGAGACCGAGAUUUCCAGGCUGAAGGAGUUUUUGGACGAAACUGAGCCGGAGACAGUAGAGGGCGCGGCGGAAGGGGAGUGGAGCUUACACGUGAAACAUUCUAAAGACAAGCACUCACGGCUGUUUCUGUUCGCGAGGACGGGUCGCGACAAACUUGAGUGGUUCCGACGAAUACACCAGGCUAUAGCGGAGGCGAAUCCGUCACUCGAGUCUUCCGUCGCUGAAGACAAUUGUACGAGCGAUCUCGCGCCCGACACCAAGGAGGGCAUAGAGAUGGCCGUCUACAAAGUUUCUGAGAAGGAUACCGUCUCCUUCCCGAAGCCCAAUAACAAAGCUAAUCCAGUGCCGUCGGAAAUUCCUACUACCGUUACGGAUUGGAGCUCGUAUGAGAAAACGUUUUGGCCAUAUCUAAUAAAAAUCAUGCAGCCUAAAUCAGCUCCGUCCACGUGCGACUGCCGAGUGCUGCCCGCCGAAGUGUCGUGGGUGAACACGGUGCUGGCCCGAGUCAUGUACGACGUCAUGAGGGACCCGCACAUCAUGAUGCGAGUGCAGAACAGGAUACAGAGGAAACUUAACACGCUCAAGCUACCUUCGUUCAUGUCGCCGCUGGUGGUGACGGAGCUGUCACUAGCAGGCGCGUGUCCGCUGGUGGAGCGCGUGGGCGGCGUGACGUGGGACGAGCGCGGCGUGUGGCUGGACGCCGACCUGCGCUACGACGGUGGCGCCACCAUCACCAUCCUCACCAACAUCAACCUGAUGAAGCUCAAGGAGAAGAACCUAACAUUGGAAGAAAAGCUAUUACUGACUGAAGAGCACGUAGUGGAGAACGAUCACAUAGUUUUGGGGACCGGAAUGUUCUCCGAAAAGCAGCUACGGAAACGCAAGCCCGCCAUAUUCGACAGCGAGGUGGAAGACUCGGCGGAAUCUUCUAGUGACGACGAGAGCCCGCCUGUACAGCCCGUGGACAGCAACGAGGCGAUACAAACGCAGGAGCUUGCAUCGGCGACGUCAGAGAGCGGUUCAUCGAAAAAGAAGUUCCUGAGAAUGGUUGAUAAGAUAUCUACAAAUAAAUACUUUCAGCAGGUAACCGACUUCAAAUACGUGAAACGAGCUAUGGAGGGCCUGUCGAACACGGACAUCAAGCUACAAGUAGAGAUCCAAGGGUUGGAGGGAAGGCUAGCUCUAAACCUGCCGCCGCCGCCUCACGACAGAUUAUGGAUUGGUUUCCGCACGAACCCGCAGCUGGUGCUGAAGGCGCGGCCGGCGGUGGGCGCGCGCACGCUCCGCUUCGCGCACAUCUCCAACUGGAUCGAGCACAAGCUCAGCAAGGAGUUCGAGAAGGUGCUGGUGCUGCCCAACAUGGAGGACAUCGCCGUCGACGUCAUGACCCCCACGCCCGUCUUCGCUGAAUCCACUUAGAAUCGGUGGUGCUGGUGCGUAUAAACUAGAGUAUUAUGUCAAAUAUGAUGGACGGGACGACUGCAGUAUAAAGGAUAUCUCGGUAGUUACGUCCGAGAUGGUGCGCUUCUAAGUGUCAGUUACACCAAACCGUUAAAACAUUCGUAAGUUUUUAUUUUAUGGCGAGUACCAUAGUCCACUGCCGAUUGUCGUUGAUCAGUCCACUAAUUGACUCUAAUAAGCUCAAAUCAUGGCACAUAGUUCGGUGCAUAUAGCUUCUAAUUGUCCGAAGAACAUGGUAUCGAGCCAGCCUCGAAUUGGCACUAUGCUGGUGUAUUUCUAGUAAUCAUUUAUAUGUAGUUCAUGUACCGACCACUUUGUCUCAUAUAUCCGACGGCGGCGGUUGAAGGGUUAUUAGCGAAGUAUGAAUACAUUUUAGUGCCAAAAGCGCGUUUAGAAUAGAAUGAAUAAAGGAAGGGUGCAAUGCCAAGACACGUAUUUUUUUUUUCUUAUAUUUACACCAUUAGAAUUAUAAAGGUCUUAAUAACAAAUUAAAGAAAAUAAAUGUUCUACUUUAUUGGGUUGAAUUAAAUUUCGUAGUUAGGACCUUUUUAUUGCAAACGGUGCAAUUGAAUUGUACCGUUCUGAUGCCAUUAUUUUGCCAUAGCUUGGCACUGACUGAUCAUUUCUACCAUUACAGUGUUUAUAUACUAAGAUCUUUCAUGCGUUUUGCAAUCUUCUUAAUAUAAAAUGGUAAUUUUUUUUCGUCUGUGGCAUUGCUGUAGGUUUUGUAGGCGGCUGCUCAGUGCUCAGGCUUAGGUAUUUGGCUGAGAUUAGAGAUGGGGCGAAUAUGGAGUUUGCCGAAUACGAAUAUUCUGCCGAAUGUUCGGCUCAGAUCGUACCGAGUUGAAUAUUCGGCCUAAUUAUUUGGUUCAUCGGUAUCAUUCUAAGACACCAUUUAUGCAUGAAUUACAUUAGCAGCUAAAGAUAAAUUGUUUUCAAGGUAAUAUCCUAGAACCAAACUGGCCAAAAGGCAAGGGAUACGCAAAAAAGUUUUAACACCCUCCAAAUAAUCAAAACUUUCUAUGGAUUCAACAUGUCUCAUCAUGUUAUGUUUUAAUGACAACGCGAAAACGUAACCUGAUGGAAGAAAGUAUUUGAAAAGUUCCGGAGGCAUACAUUUUACUGCAAGACAAACAUAAUAAAAAGUACUUAUUUGCCGAAUAUUCGGCACUAUUAACCGAAUAGUUCGGCCGAAUACGAACAUUGGAAAACUAGCCGAAUACCGAAUAAUUACCGAAUAUUCGGGCCAUCUCUAGUUGAAAUUCCGGUAUAGGAAAUAGUAGCUGAGGCCUUUAGCUAAAUUUAACUUUCUUCCACUCAAAUAAUGAAAAUGUUUGAUAAAUGAUAUCAAAUGGACAAAAUUGGGAGUUAUUUACCUAUGCUGGGCAAAUGUUAUUGUUAUCAAAACAAUAAUUUUCCAGUGCAACCUUCGAAACAGAUACUCGUAAUAUGUAUGAAAUGCUGAUUUAGAUUAUGAUAAUUUUCCUUAUAAUUCUGUCCUGAGUCCUGGGUCGAUAAGGUGGGAAAUACAUACCGCAUAUAAAUUAGGGCCGAAGCUAAUUAGAAGAACUUAGACCGCAUCAAAAACAAUUAUUGCACUGGUUAUACUAAUAAAAUUUAGCACAAGCGUAGUUAUGUUGAAUGGUUCGUUUUAACAUAAAUGAGCCUAAAUAAAUGAUUUAUUUCAUCCGGUGUAUUUAGAUUUUUAUAGGCGUUCUAUAAAUAAUACUUAAGCUGUGAUGUAAUUAAUGCUUAGCAAUGAACGCAAACUACUAAAACACAAUUUUCGUAAUAUUUGUGACGUUUUCAAGCAAAAGAUUAUUAAUUAUGUCAAUAAGGCGUUACUGCCGUCAGGACGCGUAAAAAUGCACCCUUGACGAUAAUCGACCAUUCAGGAUGCCUUUUGCUAGAAAACAUAUAGUUGGUCAAACCAAAUUGUCAGUAAAUAAGAACAAAAAAUCUAUACUCAUCCUCAUCUUUUGGGUGCUAGUACUCGUGUAAGACAAAGAUAGUAUGAUUCUCUCUGUCUAUGUUGGAAAUGAAACAGUCCUUUGACAAACUAUAUUUAAAAUAUCCAAUUGUGUUUUAUUCAGGAAUGGGAACCCUAAGUAUGCAGGCAUUCACGUAAUUUGCGUACGUAAGCGCUUGCUGUACCAACUUAAUUUCUGUCAAUAUGUAUUAUGCAAAUGUCUAAAACCAAUCAAUGUAAAUAAUUAGAUAUUCCGGGGAAGUGCAUUUAUACCCUGAUCGUAGUUUGAUAAGUCAGAAUCUUUUCCAAAGUAUUAUUUUUCUAUAACUGGAGGUGUAAUGAUAUUUAAUUGGACAGGGCGGGAGUAACCGUCAUCGUCAUCGAGCUUCCUCGGUCGGUACUAGUUAUUAUUCUGACAAUAAUCCGUUAUUUGCACUCAAAAUUAUAUAAAUGUUCUUUUAUGAGAAAUGUAGAUAGUGCGACCCUAUCACGAUCAAGAUUUCCUCUAUUGGGCAUUUUAUAGUCGAUUUUAUUGACGAAGUCAGUGAAGCGAAAAAGGAUUAUAGAAGAAUGAAAGUGUUAGUGAAGGAAUUAGUAGACAGAAAGAAAGACGAACAGAAAGAUAAAAUGGAAGAAAGGCUCUCUCAAGAUUUCCAAACAAAUAUAAAGUUUUUCUGGAAGUCCGUUCGUUUAGCCAGGGGUAACACCCAGAAUUCUGAGCUAAAGUCAAUAAAAGACAAGAAUGGAAGAUUAGUGAAUGAGGAAGAAUGCAUCUUAGAAAGAUGGAAAGAGUAUUUUGAAAGUUUGUUUGAUAAAGAGAAGGCAAGCACGUCAAUUUUGGAGUUGAAUGAAAGCAUUGAAAACGUGUCGGAGAACGAAGAUAGUAUUAGCAUGGAUGAAAUUGUGAAAGCGUUGAAAGGAAUGAAAUCAGGGAAGGCUGCAGGGUAUGAUAGAGUUUCUGUCGAGAUGCUGAAAGCUGGACAAGGCAUUGUAGCAAGUCAGUUGUACCGCCUUUUCAAUAUGUGCUUCAGAACCGGUCAAGUGCCCAGGGACUGGUGCAAGGCCGUCAUUGUACCUCUUUACAAAGGAAAGGGAUCACAACUGGAUUGCAAAAACUACAGAGGCAUUAGCUUAC